AUGCAAAGACUACUGAUUCAUAGUACUUCACCUCUACCUGAUGACGAGGAGUCUCAGGUGAUGAUGAAUUCACCAUCGUCAAAGAUUCUAUCAAAUAAUCUUUGUCAUUCUGCAGCUCAAUCACUAACUAAUAAUACCUCACCUAUAUUACUGACAGACAAACUUAAACCAACAAUAUCCAAUGGACAGAAACAAGCCAUAGAAUGCUCAACCAAGCUGCUGUUCAUUCUCUCUUUAGUAAGCCUUUUAGCAAUGCUCUGUUUAACCAUCCUGAGUACAUCAUCUUCAUCAUCAACCUCAGUGGCCAGCACUAAAUUAUCUGUAAAUGUAAUGCACAGUGGUGAAUUUAUCAGUGUGGAUGAAUCAUUUGUUGUGAAGGCAAGAGUCUUUCCAGUCACUUAUCUGGAUGUAGAUUUUUCCAAUCCAGAAAAUCUAAAACUGAAUAGGGUGAGAGGUAUUUGCAAAAUUUAUCUAUCUACCUACUUUAUGUUUAAUUAUAAUGAAAGAAGAUCAUCCUAUAAUCCUCCUACUGUUAUUGGUGCCGAUGGUUUGGGAGAGACUCCAUACACACAUUGGAAGAAAAUAGAGAGAACACUUCAAUUCCUAACAGGAGAGGAAUCAAAUUAUAUAAGUGAUAACGAUAUCGUUGUGUUUAGUGAUUCAACGGAUGUGUUUUUCAUUAAUAAUAUUGAGGAAAUAAGAAAUGUCUAUGAAAAUUACUAUGUGAAGGAAUUAGCUAAAAUUGAUUUGGAAGCAGAUGCAGAGAAGGAUUGGCCAUUAGUAUUCAUUGCCGAGAAGAAUAAGUGGCCUCCAAAUGAGUAUAUUCAAAACAUGUUCGAGAAAACACAAGAGGAAACGGAAAUGGUGAAAAAACACUAUUACAACAAGGAUGGAUAUCAUGUUUAUAAUAAUUGUGAUAGAUCCAAUCAGAGAAUUUAUCUGAAUAGUGGUCUCUAUGUAGGAAGAAAACGUGACAUUAGAAAGGCCCUCACCAUUGGAAUUAAUAUCAAGAGAGCAGAGCCAAAGGAAAGAUUGGGAGAUCAAGCCGUCUAUCAGUACAUUUACACAACCAAAAAGUAUCCAAUUCUUAUGGAUUGCGAGUACAAAAUGUUCUUCAGUCCAUUCUCUGUUUGCCAUACUGUUGUUAGUAAUCCUGCAAGCAAGUGGUCAUGUUCAAUUAAUGAAAAUAAUAAGCCAACACCAAAUACUGUUGUAGCUCUGCACUCUAAUGGAGGAUUUUGUCCCUCAUUGUGUAAUUGUUUCAGCUCGAUGAAACAAAAGGGUUCCUUCAAGAAGAUGCUCACUCAAUACAAGGACACUAUGAGUUUCAAAUCCUAUGAUAUCAACACAAAGAAGGUGACUGAUGUGUUGAUGGACUAUGCUUGUGGACGCUUUGUUGAAGAGAAUUUCCCACAAAAAUCCUGCAAUGUUCAACCUGGCAAGUAA